UCACAGCAGCAGCAGCAGCUUUCUCAGUCUAUCAGGAGACACAUCAUCACAUCCACCUGGAUUGUAGGAGAGGCUGGCCAAGGACGUGACGGAGGAGAGAGAAGGGACGCUCGCUGUUGCUGCGUUGAGGAUAACACUUGAUCUGAACAGGCAGGCUGAAGGAAGCCACUGCAGAGGCACAGCAGCAUAGUGGGCUACAGCGUCGUUGUCAGAGGUAGAGGAACAUGCGGUCCCGCAGCAACAGUCUGGAGGAUGUAGCCAAGGCCAAGCUGGCUCAGCAGCACCAGGCGGACACACGCAAGCGAUCCACAGAACGAGAGGAGCCCUCAGGAAGACCAGAGCGUCGCAGCCGGCACCGAGAGCCUCCCGACGACACAGGCACCAUUCGCCGGAACCACAAGACAGCCAAGAACAGCUCCAGUACUGGUGGGAGUGGGAGCAGUAGUGGCAGCAGUGCUGCAAAGGGCGGUCGAAGGGAGAAGGGCAGGGACCUUUCCCGAGAUGACCUCGUCUUUCUACUUAGCUUGCUGGAAGGAGAGCUACAGGCUAGAGAUGAAGUGAUAACAGUGCUGAAGGCAGAGAAAAUUGACUUGGCUCUGCUGGAGGCCAAAUAUGGUUUCGUCACACCACAGAAAGUCCUGCAAGCCCUGCAGAGGGAUGCCAUCCAGGGCAAGACUGAUGUCUUCCAGGAAGACAUCUAUGAGAAACCCAUGGCAGAGCUGGAUAAGUUAGUAGAGAAGCAGAGGGAGACCCACCGGCGGAUGCUGGAGCAGCUGCUGAUGGUGGAGCAAGCACACAAACAGGCUUUGUACAAGCUGGAGGACGAGAAGAGGAACCAUGGAGAGUUCAUGAAGAAGAGUGACGAGUUCACCAACCUGCUGGAGCAGGAGCGUGAGAGGUUAAAGCUGUUAAUUGAUCAGGAAAAGGCCUUCCAAGAACGAAAAGAUCAAGAAAACAACAAAAAGAUAGCAAGUCUAAAGGAAGAGCUGACAAAACUCAAGUCCUUUGCGUUGAUGGUUGUGGAUGAACAGCAGCGUCUCACAGAGCAGCUGAACCAACAAACAGCAAAGGUCCAAGAACUGAGUGCCAGUUCCUCACAAGCUCAGGAAGAGCUGAGCUCAGCUAAUGCUCGUCUGCAGGAAGAGGAGCAAAAGGUUUUUCGUCUGGAGGCUGAGCUGCGUGACCAAACCGGUCGAUAUCAUCAGGAACAAGACGCCAUGACUGCCAAAUUGACCAGUGAGGACGCCCAGAACAGGCAGCUGCGCCAGAAGCUGUCGGCUCUCAGCAGGCAGCUUGAUGAGCUGGAGGAGACCAACAAGACCUUGCGCAGAGCUGAGGAGGAGCUGCAGGAGCUGAGAGACAAAAUCAGCCGUGGAGAGUGCGGAAACUCCAGCCUCAUGUCAGAGCUUGAAGAAUUACGGAAACGAGUACUUGAAAUGGAGGGAAAGGAUGAAGAGUUAAUCAGAAUGGAGGACCACUGCAGGGACCUCAACAAGAAGCUGGAGAAAGAGUCCAAGCAGAGCCAGAACUUGAAAACUGAAGUGGAUAAACUGAACCACAGAAUUAUAGAAUUGGAAAAGCUAGAAGAUGCAUUCAGCAAGAGCAAACAGGAAUGCGGCUCGCUGAAGAGCAACUUGGAGAAGGAGAGGAUGGUGUCAAAGGUUCUGAGCAGCGAGCUUGAGGUCUUGAAAGUCAGAGUCAAAGAGCUGGAGGCUGCUGAAAGCCAGCUGGCAAAGACCGAGAUGACUCUGAAGGAAGAUCUGACCAAGCUGAAGACUCUGACAGUCAUGCUUGUGGAUGAGAGAAAGGCAAUGGCAGAGAAGCUAAAGCAAAUGGAGAACAAGGUGCAGAACAGCACUGGAAAGCUUCAUGCUGAACAAGACAAAGUUACAUCAGUCACUGAGAAGCUAAUUGAAGAGAGCAAGAAAGCACUGAGAUCAAAGGCGGAGCUGGAGGAAAAAAUGUGCACCGCUACGAAGGAAAGGGAUGAUUUGAAGACCAAGUUGAGAGCUGAGCAGGAGAAGAGCAACGAUUUAGAGUCCAAGAUCAAUAUGAUGAAGAAACGGUUGCAAUCACUUGAGACCAUCGAGAGAGAACACCUCAGAAGUAAAGCUAAAGAGGAGCACAUGAAAACACCUAUUGCUAACCGCUUCCAGCAGGAAGAUAACAAGGUGAAAGAUUUGACACAGGAAGUUGAACGCCUCCGACGCAAAUUAAAGGACAUGAAAGUGGUAGAAGGAGAUUUAUUAAAGACAGAGGAAUUUGAAUCACUGGAGAAAAGAUUUACCAAUGAACAAGAGAAAGCUAAAGCCCUGAUGGAGGAGCUGGAAAUUUCCAGAAAAGAGCUUUCUAAAUACCAACUGGCUGAAAAGAAAGAGUGCAACCAAGAGCAUGUUCUUUAUAAACGCUUGAAGGAGGAAGAAGCAAAAUCUAGUCAUUUGUCCAGAGAGGUGGCAGCACUGAAAGAGAAGAUUCAUGAAUACAUGGGAACAGAGGAGUCAAUCUGUCGCAUGAAAACUGACCACUCUACACUACAAAGAAAGCUGACCCAACAGGAGGUCCGGAAUAAAGAAUUAGCCCGGGAAAUGGAGACGCUCACUCGAGAACUUGAAAGAUACAGACGAUUUAGCAAAAGUCUGCGCCCAGGAAUGAAUGGAAGGCGCUUUUCAGACCUGCAUGUGUCUUCCAAGGAGGUUCAGACAGAACCACUGGACCUCACACCACCCAGCUUUAAUACAAUGGAGCGUGCUGUGGUUAAUGGGAAGCUGUACGAUGAGAACGAGCCUGAAGAUAACACAAAUUACAGCAAUGAGGUUCAGCUCAGCAAAUGCAGCCCUUCACUUAUCAACAAUGUCAAUAAUCUGAACAACAACAUGAAACGAGCACGGGGACCUUUCCUUAAAUGCAAAGACCCCCCUCAUCACGUUAACGGCAAAAUGCAGCCGCGACAGAACGGCACCCACGUCCAGCCUGGAGAUGUUGUAUUGACCCACAGCCCUGGGCAGCCUCUACACAUUAAGGUGACUCCUGACCACGGACACAACACGGCAACGCUAGAGAUCACCAGUCCAACCACAGAAAGCACCCAGUCAUUCACCAGCACUGCUGUCAUACCCACAAGUGGAGGUCCACCCAAGCAAAGAAUUACCAUCAUCCAGAAUGCUUCCAUAUCCCCCAAUGCUAAAUCCAUUUCCCCUACUACUAAAUCCAAGUGCUCCUCCAUCUCGGAUGAGCCAUGUUCCCCAGAUAGAGCCCUGUCACCGUUCACUAUGGCUACAUACUCCAGAGCAAUGACCCCAGACUCCUGUGGCUCUAUAACACCAGACCGAGCCAUGUCACCCAUACAAAUUGUAUCCGUGACAACAGGUACCCCGGAGCGAUCCCUCUCCACGGAGUCGGUGGAGGUUGUCGGAGGGCAUGCCGUCUUCCGCGUGAGCCCGGAAAGGCAAAGCAGCUGGCAGGUGCAGCGGUCCAACAGCUCGGGGCCAAAUGUCAUCACCACGGAGGAUAACAAAAUCCACAUUCACUUAGGGAGCCCGUUCAUCCAGAGCAUCAGCACUCCGUCGCAAACACUGAGUCCAUGCAGCACACCUGGACUCCAGGAGCAAAGGACUCAGGUGCUUGCCAACUGCAGUACUCCUGCUGCUAAAGGCAGCAGCAAAAUUACAAGUAGCAUCAUGAUUAAGCCCACCUCCACCCCAAUCCAAAGGCCAUCACAGAUUACAAUACCUCUAGAAGCAUUCCGACGUCCAGGACCGACAAGAAUCCCCAAACCGAAGGGUUUCAGCUCCCAAAAAGGCACAAACACAGCGGCAAACCUGGGACUGCACAGCAGAAGUCAGCUGCAGCAUGUUCAUGUAACCGCUGGGAGAGAUCAGUCUGCACACACACCUGCAUCACACAACAACAACCCAAACCUCGUGAACAGAAGACUGUGACAUCUUCUGAGUCAGAGGCUCAUUUAGAGCAUACCUGCACCAAAAAAAUCCAAAUAUUACAAAAAGAAAAAUCUAGAAGAAUAAGAUCUUUUUUUUUUUUUUUCUGUGUUUGGCAUAAAAACUACCUGUUCCACUUUUACCAAAUCUUCGUCUGCUGUUCUGAGAAUUGCAAAAUGCAGCAGGUGUAUUGUGUAAGUAUUUUGUUCAGUGUGUCUAUGGAAGCAUUUUAAAAUGCAAUUUAAAAUAUAGAUUCAUUAUAUAACUGACUGAAAACUGAGAUAUAUCAUCUGCCCUGACAGAUUUGUGUCAGGACGUCACUGUGAUCAACAUCGAUGAAACAGAGACAUUAUAACAAUAAAUGUGUUAUAUGGUCAUGUUGUUGUUUGUUCUGUGAGUAUUUCUAUUCAUCUCUAAUGACGGUAUCUGUUGUGAGAUACAGAUAAUGAAACAACUAUUUAUCCAUUUCUAGGGAUGGGGCACAUGAUUAUUUUUUAAAAACAGUGGCAAUAAUGUACAUAAGUGUAUGUCUCAUGCAUUGUAAUGCAGCUUCUUCAUUGUGAUUCUCUCUAAAAAAAAUGUGAUAUUUGUGUUAUUUUUCU